UUGGUUUGUUCGGUCUGCGUGAUGCUUGGAAUAAGAGGCUGCUUUAAGGAUUAUGCCAGUUUGUAAGAUAAUAACAAUGAGCCACAAGACACUCGUCAUUGCCUUCAUGCUUUUUUCUAACAUCAUCAUUGGGUCAGGACAAGAUUUAAAACUGUCAGUGAAUGUUGUUGAUGGCGAGGUGGUCGUCCUUUGGAAUAAACCGAGAAAUGCCACAUCAGACAUCAAGUACAAUGUACAAAUGGCCAAGUAUCUUGGAACAUGGGACAUGGUUGGCGGCUGCACGGGGGUCACAAAGACCUACUGUGACCUAAGUAGGCUCAUACAGGAGUAUAGACAUGCCUACAAGGUCAGAGUUCAGACGGUAGACAGAAACAUCACGUCUGGGUGGACGGUGAAGAAAUUUCUACCAAGUACAAGCAACCUGCUGCCUCCAUCCUUCACUUUAUUCGCCACAUCCAGCACUAUAACAGUUCAUGUUCAUCAAAAACCUGUUCUGAGAAAACUCUUUCCAUUUGGGGUUACAUACAUCAUGUACUUGGAGGAAAAAGGUCAAGAUGACAAAAAGACCAAAUUAUAUCUGACGGAUGACUUAGACCAGAGGUCUAAAACUUUCACUUCUCUUCACUGGGGGGUUGAGUACUGCAUCAGCAUCAUGGUGGAGGGAAACGGCGCUCUAUCCACGAGCGAUUUGUCGCCGGAACAAUGCCUACAGCUUCCAGAACAUGGGUGGUUCAUAACUGCUGUGGCAUCCCUGACCGCUUUGGGCGUGCUGGCUUUGGUGUCCGUGGCAGCCAUUGGGCUCCUUUGUCACCUGAAUCGUCCAGUGAAGACGCCUGCCGCACUGAAAUGCACUGCACGUGACUGGCGGCCACUAUCUGUAAGAGAGAGCUCAAUGGAAGUUGUCAUAGACAAAGGCUGGUUCCUGUCCGGCCGCAGAACAGAAGAGAAAAACCCGGUCACACUUCAUGAUUUGGAAUACGAAGAUCAAACAGACAAAGACCGGAGGACUAGCCUGGACAGUGGCCUGAGCAUGGGGUCCACUGAAGGGCUGAGGAGACAGGAGGACAGCGGUUGCGAGAGCAUGGCAGGAACGGAGUGUUCAAGGGACAAUGGGAUAGUUUAUCCCCAACUGGAUAAUACUGACAAGAGGAAGGAGGAUAGUGAGGUGGGGCUCAGGUAUAAAUUGGACUCCUCCACCUUGAACAAUGUAGGAACGUUGGGAAAUUAUCACAGCCAAUGCCCUGGCCUGAGGAAUCAUGUCGGGGAUGAGGAGUCGAAACAGAUCCUCCCAGGUGUGGUUUUAGCCGAAGCGAUCUCUGGCUACAAGGCGGGAACUCAGUCAUGCAUCUGCUCUGGUCCAGCCCAGUGCAUUUGGUGCCUCCAACGCAUGGUCCAAGAGGCUGAAACCAUGCAGCAGCACAAAGACAACUUCAUUAUAGACGUUACAAGAAGGAAUAAAAUAGCCAUGAAUGACUUGGAAACAGGGGAAGCUUUCCCAUUCCUGACAGCUCUAACAGGAGAGAUAAGCCCGAGCAUGGACUGUAAUGUGCUGCUGGACACGGACUGA